GCUCAUAACUUAGGGUUCUUGGUUGUGGAUGGCGGUGGAGGAGGACGAAGAUGGAAGCGAGAAGGCGGUGGUCCAGUACGUAAACUUCAAUCAGGAUGCUGGGUGCUUUGCGUACUCGACGAGCGUGGGCUUUCGCAUCUACAGUUGCGACCCCCUCAAGCAGACGCUGCGGCGAGAUUUGGAUGGAGGCGUGGGGAUUGUGGAGAUGGUGUUUCGCUCCAACAUCUUGGGGCUCGUGGGGGCGGCUGCCAGGAACAAGGUGAUCAUCUGGGACGACGACCAGAGCCGCUGCAUUGGCGAGCUCUUCUUCCGGAGCGAGGUGAGAGCGGUGAGGCUGAGGAGAGACGCCGUGGUGGCUGUGCUGGAGCACAAGGUCCAUGUCCAUAGCCUGUCGGAUCUCAAGCCGCUGCACGAGGUGGAGACGUUUGACAACCCGAGGGGCGUGUGUGCGAUCUCGCCGGCGUCCACUAUGUUUGUCCUUGCGUGCCCAGGUACCAUGAGCGGAGGUGAGGUCCGGCUUGAAUUGUAUAGCUUAGGCAAGACGCUGUUCGUCCAGGCACACGAAUCGCCCCUCGCCUGCCUGGCUCUCAGCCAAGACGGGAGGCUACUGGCGACUGCAAGCAUCAAAGGUACCAUUGUUCGCAUCUUUGACACCAACGACGGAACUAAGCUGCACGAACUCCGCCGGGGUGCCGAGCGGGCCGAGAUUUUCAGCCUGGCACUCUCUGUCAAUUGCCACUGGCUCGCCGUGUCCAGUGACAAAUGCACCGUCCAUGUGUUCAACCUGGUCAGGAGCAAGUUUGAGCACAAACCGCGACGGCGCCUUCCCAGGCUCUCGGCUUCUUCCAUCUUUUCUCUUGCUGCCAAUUCCUCGAUGGUCCAAGGCGUGCUUCCCAGCUACUUGAAAUCGGACUGGUCAUUUGCGCAGUUCCGGCUGCCAGCGGACAGCAGAGCGAUUGUCGCGUUUGGGGCCGCCAAGAACACCGUUAUCAUCAUCUGCGGCGACGGAAGCUACUACAGAUGUGCAUACGAUCCCGACCGCGGCGGUGACAUGGUACAGAAGGAAUUUGCAAAGUUCACCUGAUGGUUGGUUUCUCUGUACAUAAACAAACACGAGGAGGGUGUCAUCUCCUCCACCACCAUUCUUUCUCCAGAGCUCUCCUCCGGCGCCAUCUCCGCAGCAGCGAUGCUAAGGUGAUCAACCCAAGGGCAGCUCCCGCGGCAAGUGCCAGCAUCAUCCAUCUGCUGCUCGCGGGAGGAUUGUCCACCACCCCUCUCCUCCCGCCGCCGCCGCCGCCACCCAUUCGUUGUAUAGGAAUUGGAGACGGUUUGAUAUAAAGACGGUUGUCGCUUGGCUGCUCAAUCUAUAUGACAUGGCAGUAUUCAAUCCUUAUCUCCUAAAACUGUAUACCAGCCAGCCAACCAUGCUUGAUCGAGGUACACAACUGGUUUGAAUCAAUUAUCGAUCGUGUGUUCU